AUGCAUAUUGUUGUUCCAACAGCGGAUGACUACUCUAUGAGCCUUGGGGCAGCUGUAACAGUCUGUGUUUCUGUUCUGGCAGAGCAGUUAACCGACGUUAUAUCAUUGACUGUGUGCCACUUAACAUCCGCCUGCAAGCUUCAGCAGGUUUUGUUAGUGCUAGUGCUCUCGGAAUGGGAACCUGCUCAGGAGUCUGAAGUUAACAAUGUCCAACAGGAAUCUAAUGGCCUAGAAAAUGAUAAGCUUGAGAAGGGUCUUGCACAACCGUUGCUUUUAACUUCAACUGAAAAUGAACAAGAUGAUGAGGGGGAUCAAGAAUUUGAUGGGAGUGACGAAGCUCCUGAGGAAUCCCGUCUAUCAGCUUAUAGGUUACUUACGCCUUCUGUUAUGCUAUGUGCUUGA